GAAAAAAAGGAAAGAGUAGAAAAAAGAUGCUCGUAAGGGCAGUCGCGACGGUCACAACCGCGGCAGCAGUCACUGCUCUGCCAGUUGCGUAUGCCUACGCAUCAUUCUCUCCAUCUUCCUCUUCUUCAUCGUCUUCGUCUCAGGUCUCCAAGACCCUAAAUCUGUCGUUCCUCUCUCAACCGCAUCGCCCACGCCUUGUCGGAACUGCUACUCACCCUCCCGCCGCCCUCCGGAUGGACGCUUCUUCGACCAACCACACUUCCUCCUCCCAGAACGAUGUCGUUUUGCCGGAGCUCCUGACAGAGUUUAUGGUGGAUAUGAAGUGUGAAGGCUGUGUUAAUGCUGUAAAGAAUAAGUUGCAAACCAUCAGUGGAGUUAAGAAUGUUGAGGUUGACUUGAGCAAUCAAGUAGUCAGGGUUCUCGGUUCUUCACCUGUGAAGACCAUGGCUGAUGCUUUGGAACAGACUGGACGAAAUGCCCGAUUAAUUGGCCAAGGGAUCCCUGAAGAUUUUUUGGUUUCUGCUGCUGUUGCUGAAUUCAAAGGUCCAGAUAUUUUCGGUGUGGUUCGCUUGGCUCAAGUGAAUAUGGAAUUGGCUAGGAUUGAAGCCAGCUUUAGUGGGUUGUCUUCAGGGAAACAUGGGUGGUCUAUAAAUGAAUUUGGUGAUCUCACAAGAGGUGCAGCAAGCACUGGUAAAGUGUUCAAUCCAACAAACAAAGGAACGGAUGAGGAGCCUCUUGGUGACCUGGGAACACUGGAUGUGGAUGAGAAUGGUGAAGCCUUCUUCUUGGGUGUCAAGCAGAACCUGCGGGUUGGUGUUCUAAUUGGACGGGCUGUAGUGGUAUAUGGAACUGAAGAUAAAUCAAAUCCAGGUGUUGCAGCUGCAGUGAUUGCUAGAAGUGCUGGGGUUGGUGAGAACUACAAAAAGAUUUGCCUGUGUGAUGGAACCACCAUAUGGGAAUCAACUAACUCAGAUUUUGUCGCCAGCAAGGUUUGAUGGUUCACUUAACCCUACAGGUUGUUGGCUGCUUGUCCACCCUGUAUAAGGAUUGUGAGUAUUAUGAUCAUGUAACUAUUACAAUAUCACAAGUUCAAAAUAAGAAACACAAAAGGAUAAUAAAACAGAUACAGCUCUUGUGGCAUUUUUGGAAAUUUUAGGAACUUGGGUAUCUUUCCAAUCUUAGUUUGGAAAUAAAGCUAAAGUACAAUUUGAUUAA